AUCUGGCAGUUCUGAUUUAGGUUUGGUUGAACAUCCAGAGGUAAUGAACUGUUGUGGACUCUUCACGAAUAAAACAUCAGAGGCAGACACCACUGCCAACAGGAGUGUGGAUGAAGAGAGCUUCCCUAAAAGCGAAUACAUGGCUUCCCUCAGCCCUCUAUCCAAGGCAAACACCAGCUUCUGUCUGGAUCUGCUCAGAAACCUGAGUGAAGACAACAACACUGCAAAUAUCUUCUUCUCUCCUUUCAGCAUCUCUGCAGUUAUGGCUAUGGUGAUGAUGGGAGCUAGAGGUGAUACAGCCACUCAGAUAUCAGAGUGCUUGAAAACCCAGGAUUGUCAGGGCGAAGUUUACACUCUGUUUGCCAAACUGGUGAGUGUGCUCAACCAGCCAGGAGCUGCAUUCGCUCUCAAUGUUGCCAACAGACUGUAUGGAGAGAAGUCCUACAGCUUUCUGCAGGAGUUUUUAACCCAAACCAGGACUUACUUCAACUUAGAGCUGGAGUCUGUGGACUUCAGAAACAGGAGUGAGGAAGCCAGGAUCAAGAUCAACAGCUGGGUAGAAGAGCAGACACGAGGUUUAAUCAAGGACAUUCUGCCUCCAAGCACUGUGAGCAACAUGACCAGGAUGAUCCUGUUAAAUGCCAUCUACUUUAAAGGCACCUGGGAUGAACCGUUUAAGCUAUGGGACACUCAAGAGUCCGAAUUCAAAAUCAACAAGACUGAAACAAAACCUGUACAGAUGAUGUGGAAGGAUCAUUAUCUUCCAAUCACCUCCAUUCCUGAAGGUAGAUGUCAGAUCCUAGAGAAGCCUUACAAAGGGAAGGAGAUGAGCAUGCUCAUUUUUUUGCCUGAUAAAAUAGAAGAUGAUACAACGGGUCUGGAGAAGCUGGAGAAACUUCUCACCUAUGAGAAAUUCAUGGAGUGGACUCAUCCUGACAAGAUGGAACGCCAAUACGUUGAGGUGCGUCUCCCUCGAUUCAAGAUAGAGCAGAAUUAUGACAUGAGGAAAACCCUGAUCAGUAUGGGCAUGGAGGACGCUUUUGAUGAGACAAAGUGUGACUUAUCUGGUAUGUCUGGCAACAAGGAGCUUUUUCUCUCUGAAGUCUUCCACAAGGCUUUUGUGGAGGUCAACGAGGAGGGAACAGAGGCUGCUAUUGUUUCUGGUACUGCAAUAAAUCUUUGUUCUAGAGAAACUCCAUUUUUUUGUGCAAAUCAUCCCUUCCUUUUCUUCAUCCGCCAUAACCCCACCAUGAGCAUUCUCUUUGCUGGACGCUUCUGCUCCCCUGAAUGAUAUCCAUUUGCUUUAAAGUGAACACUCUCCUGGUGAAAGGUAAGGGGUGAUGCAGCAGUAGCUACAUUCCUGCAACAGUAAUAGAAGUAUGAUCUUAAUUCAACCUUUUUAUAGAGAAAGUGCCUAAUUGCUGGCUUAAUCGAGUGAAAUGGUUUGAAAAACACCACUUCUGUUUUAUUUGCAGAAACUAACCUGGGUAACUGCUACAUAAACACUAUGUCUGACAUUCUCAAUGCAUAAUCUGGACAUUGACAGGAAACUACUGCUGUGUCUUAAGAGCAUGUGAUUUACUAUCAUAGGCUUUGCUAUUAUGCUGACAUAUUAAAAUGUGAUCGAAUGUUUAAAGAUUCUGUACAAUAAACCAUUACCUGAGCAAAAUGAAUACUUUGUCAUACUUCCUGUGAAUCUAUUCAACUCUGUAUCUUCU